AUGAGUUUUUAUCAACAAAAUUCUGAUAAUAAACAGCGGAAAUUUUUUUCCUUUGAUGAAAAUGGACUUCCGAGUUGGAAUGAAAGUCAAUAUUCAAUUUUUUGUAUGUUACAAACUAUCAUUGAUCCAAAACUUCGUGAUGAAAUAGCACAUAAAAUUUCACUACUAAAAUUAAUGCAUGAAAUAGAAUAUUCUGAGGAAGUUAAUGAUACAGUCACAAAUUUUUUUAAUGACAGUCAAUAUGAACCAAUAACAUUUGAGAGUCAAGAAUCAGAGGACAACAGUUUAUCCUCUAAUGAUACAGAUUUAAGGUCGAUUGUAAUGUCUGAAUGUACUUUUAAUUUACCAGAUUUAAUGGAUACUAUAAAAAGUCGACUAGGUUAUGAUGAAAACAAUGAUAAUUCUGUUGUUUUUUUUAAUGAUACAUAUCAAGAUUACAAUGAUUUUAGUUUGAGUCCUUCAAUUAGACUGUCUGAUUCAUAUAGUAAAUAUAUCAAAAAUAGUCCAGAAGAGUGUAAUGAAGUUAAUGAAAAGAAAGUUAAAAAAGUUCAGUUUAAAGAUAGUAUAUUAGUGUCAAGAAAAUCUCAAUCUACUGAAGAAAUGGAUAGUUAUUCCAAUAAUGAUUUAUCACAACAAAAUACUUAUUCUACUUUAAAUAAAAAAAUAAAUUGUAAUGAAGAAAAUCCAAAUAUAUUAUUUGCAACUCAACAACUUUUUUUUAACAAUAAAAUUAACUUUGAUAAUAAUAGUGAUUGUUUAAAAUCACCUAAAGAUGAUUAUAAUUUUUGUACAUUAUUUCAAACUCAGGCAGAUUUUGCUGCUAACAUUAUUAAAGAAACUAAUAGAGAGAAUGAAGAUAUUAAUAUUUUUGCUUCACAAAUGCUUGUUGAUAACACUAAAUUUAUAACUGCUUCUCAGUUUCCAGUACCCAGUAGAGGUGACAAAUUAUUUAAAAUACCUUCACUUCCAGGUAUUGGAAAUUCAAAAAAACAAAUUAUUCCAAAAGAAACAUUUGCUUUAAAAAGAUUUUGUACUGUGUUUGAAUCUGUAAUGGAUAGAACAAAGGAAGGAGAAAAUUUUAUAAAAGAAGAAAUAAAAAAUGCGGAGCAAGAUGAUUGUAAUUUUUUUGAAUCCGACCACACAAGUGAAAGAAAAGGCUCACCUCUAGAAUUAAUUAAACCUAAUGACAAUAUAAGUUUAAAGAAAGAAAACGAUAUAGAAAGAAUUAAUAAUUUAAAUAAGCAGAAUGAUGAUGUUUUUAUAAAUCGUUCUGACCUUUUAGAAGUCAAUAAAAAUGAAUUUUGUUAUAAUACUAGUGAAUCAGAAACUAUAAAUUCUUUUAUUGAAGAAAAAAUUUUGAUAAGAUAUGGGGAUUCUACUUUACCAUAUUUAAGAAAUAAAUUUCCACUUUUAGAUAAAGCAUAUAUAAAAGAAAAUGAAGAAAAUUUUCCAAAAACUUUUAUUGAAAGUCAAUAUAUUGAUAGAAUAUCUUUAGAAACAACACGACUGUCAUUAACAGUUUCAGAACUAGCUUCUUUGAACAUUGACAAUAGAAUAGAUGCUUUUACUGAAUUUUGUUAUUUGCUAAAAAAAUUUAAAUCAACAAUUAAAUCUAUUAAAACAUUCAAAGAACAAAAUCAUUUUGAUAUAAAUAAAUUUGAUAAUUUUGGUAUGACACCAUUACAUUAUGCGGUUCUUACAAAUAAACUUUCAAUAGUUAAAUGGUUAAUUGAGGAUUGUAAUCAUUAUAUAAAUCCUCAUGGUGGAUUUGAUGCUAAAACACCACUUCAUUUAGCUGUUACUUUUAAAAGAACUUCAAUUAUUAAAGAACUUUGUUCUAAAAUUGGUGUUGAUGUUUAUGCAAAAGACAUUUUUGGUCUUACACCAAUAGAUAUUUGUGAUUAUGAUGAUAAAAUUAAAUCUUUAUUAAAUAGUUCUAAAAGGAAAUCAUUUAUAAAAAAUAAUUAUUUUAAACUUUUACCAAAAAUUUUGGUUGAUUCUUCAAUAAACAUAGAAGUUAUAAAAAAAUGGAAACAAAUACCUUUGAGAAAAUCUUACGAAGUAACAUCAUUAUCAAAAGUAACUACGCAUUGGAUAACAAAAUCAUUACCUUUAGAUAUGGUUAAAGAAUCAGAUUUAUUAUAUGAAGCUUUAAUUAGACGGGUAUAUGUAUUACAUGAAAAUUCUAUAAAAUUAAUUUUUGAAUCUAAUUCAAUUGACCAAUUUAAUAUUGAAGAGAAUAAAUAUGUAUAUUUUAAAGGUAUCCUUCUAGACAAUGGUAAAUAUGAACAUUCAAAUUUAAAAGAGGGUCCAAAAUCUAAACUAGCAAUGAGACCAAAUCUAUUUCGUGGAUGUUGUUUUUAUAUUCAUAAAAGUGGAGUUGAGAAUAAAUUAUAUAAUAAAUUACAAAGAUGGAUUAUACUUGGAGAGGGUGAACUUUUGAAAGAUAAAUGGUCUAUUGAAGAUGUACUUGAAAAUAGAAAACAUGUUGUUCCAUUUUACAUAACAAAAGAUGAUGCAAAUAAUUUUCAUAAUAAUUUAUCUCCCUCUCUUCCUAUAAAUACUUUUAUAAUUACGGAUAAACCAAAUGAAGAUUGGAUUCAAGAUUUAAGUAAAAAAAAUUUAUUAGUAAAAACAUCAGAAUUUGUAAAACGUUCAAUUCGCUCUUUUUCUCUUGAUUAUAAUUAUCCAUAA